AUGCAGUUCGUGAACCUUGCCUCUUCUUAUAAUGCCUAUAUCCUUGCUUCAUCACUCGGAAAGUCUGAUGAGCUAUGCGACCCGGCUGGAGGGUUCAUCGAGGGAUACAAUGCGUGCGUGCGAUGCAUCGCCGACAACAUUGGCGAAUCGCAGACGACUCCGCAGGAUAUUGUUAUGCCUGAAUUCGGCCAGUUCUUGAAUUAUUGCAGCGGUACUAAUCCGACCACCGCUACAACAAGCAGUCCGGCCCACGUCAUCACCAUAUACAUCACCACGAUCCUCAACCCAUCUGGUACAGCCUCGCCGUCACCAACAAGCAUCAACGAGCACCCUUCAAACACUAAUGGGCUAGGCAGCAGCCCAAGUGCAUCCCCCGAAGCAGCGGACUCGGGCCAAGGCUCUAAGACUCACCUCGCUGGCCCCAUCGCCGGCAGCCUCGUCGGCCUAGCCGUUGUUAUAAUCGCCGGGCUACUCUUCUGGCGUCGACGCCGAACUCGGAAGAAGAAUAAUUUGGGCGACGCCGAUGCGGACCCGGAACCCUUUGAAAAGGCCCAACUCCACUCCGACUGCAUUCCAAAACCGCUCUCUGAGACGACCGGAGGGGAAAUCCAUGAGAUGGAAGGCUCGUUUGCUCUCCAUGCCCCGACAGCUGAGAAACCCGCCAACGAGACUCCGGCGCGAGAGCUACCAGCCGAGGAAAUAAGAAGCAGGAAUUCGCCUGGUGGGGUGUGA